AUGUCGAAACAAAGUGGCCCAAUAACCUGCCAUGUACUUGACUCUUCAAGGGGCAUUCCAGGAAAAAAUAUUGAAGUACAACUGGAACAACUUGAACCGGGUGAAGAAAAGCGAUGGAAUGCAGUUAGUCGAGCAAUAACUAAUGAAGACGGAAGGUGCCCUUCAUUGGUUCCUUCGGAUUAUAAAAUCAAAAUUGACUAUUAUGAUGAUGAUAACACAGCGAAGGCACUUUAUCGUAUCACUUUCUAUACCGCUCCCUAUUUUAAAGCUCUGAAUCAGAAAUCUUUUUAUCCUUUUGUUCAGGUAUUCAGUGAUUUUCCAGAUAACUGA